CGAUAAAGCGACAGAGAUUCUCUCUCGCCGUCGAUCCGUCAAGUGAAGGAUCUCAUUAUCCUCUUCUUCUGCCUUGGCCUUCUCUUUGAUUCUCUCUCUCGUUACGUUCUUAGGAACUUCGUUGAUCGAAUCUGGUCAAGUUUGCUUUCUCAGAUUCCACUGGUUGCCAUAACCCAAUUCGUAUCGUCUGAUCUGUCGCUCCCCGAAUCUGAUUUUUCCGGGAAAAUCAGUGUCUUUUCUCGCGAAAUCGAAAGAAGAUGAGGUCACUUCAGGCACCGGUCGUUUUCCCUGCAGUUCGUCCCCGGCAAUUGGGUUCACUUGUCAGCUACAAUGGCUCCCAAGCUAGGCCACCUAGAAGCCGUUUCUUGGGUAGUCCUCCAAAGAGUAUCAAGAUUCAGGCUGCUUCGGUUCAUCUAAGGUUUAGGUGCAAGAGUAUACAAUGUGUUUUCAGUUCACAUUCCGACGGUACCGGGAGCACUGCUGAGAAUUUCAACGAGAAUGAUGAGGACUAUGUUAACUCCAGUGUGGUGGAAGCCGUUGAGGUACGGAGUGGAGCAGAUGGUUUCCUGGUGAAGAUGAGGGAUGGAAGGUACCUGCGUUGUGUCCAUAACAAUCCUCAAGGAGAUCAUCUACCAGAUUAUGCUCCACACCCUGCAAUCGUUUUGAAAAUGGAAGAUGGAACCGGUCUUCUCCUUCCGAUUAUCGUUUUGGAGAUGCCAAGUGUAUUGCUUAUGGCAGCAUUGACGAAUGUCCAAAUCGCAAGACCCACUAUGUAUCAAGUGGUGAAGGAGAUGGUUGACAAGAUGGGUUACGAAGUGAGACUUGUAAGAAUCACCAAAAGAGUUCACGAGGCAUACUUUGCUCAGUUAUACCUUUCAAAGGUGGGUAAUGCAUCUGAUUGCAUCAGCUUUGACCUUCGGCCUUCAGAUGCGAUUAAUAUAGCCGUGAGAUGCAAGGUACCUAUCCAAGUCAACAAGUACCUAGCAUACGGUGAUGGGAUGAGGGUAAUUAAGUCGAGAAAGCUAUUUACACACACACCUGCUUCAGAUGGGUUAUUAUUUACUGAAUUAGACCGUCCUAGCUCGCAGCCCUGUCUUGAUACAAAAGAGUUUAAUCUUUUGAGUAACAUGAUGCAAGCUGUUGAUCAAGAGCGGUACGAUGAAGCUGCCGAGUGGAGAGACAAGCUUGGACAGUUCCGGGCGAAACGAAACUUGAGGAAAUAUACGUGAAAGGUUCAAGACAGCAAGUACUAUUUUGUACAUAACGGAAGAAGCCGUUGUCGGGUGCUCUGAACAAAGCGCGGAAGAAACACGAAAUUGCUUCUCUCCUUCUACACUCGUUGUUGUCUAAGUGACGAUGAUUCUAUGUUGUGUGUGUGUAAAUAUAAUAUUACUUGUUAAUCUAUGAUUAAACACGUUUCUUAUGCUUAA